AUGCAAGAUCCAAGGGAACUACACUUGAAGACAUCAUAUCACCUACUGAGGUACUUGAAAGUUGAUCCUAGCCUAGGAUUCUUCUUCUCCAGGAAUGUUGAUUAUACACUGAGAUCAUACUGUGAUUAUGAUUGGGCAUCAUGUCCAGACUCCAAGAAGUCAGUUACUGGGUAUGUUGUUCUACUGGGAGAUAGCCCUAUCAGCUGGAAAUUAAAGAAACAGGAAACUAUUUCCUUAUCGUCAGUUGAAGCAGAGUACAUGUCCAUUAUAAAGGUGGUUGGUGAGCUAGUGUGGUUACAAAGGCUAUUUGAAGAGCUCACAGUCCCUUUCUCCAGUCCUAUUGCAGAAGGGCUCAUUUCUCUACAUCAUAGUAGGAUUGAUCAUCAACUUGCCGACAUUCUCACUAAAGCACUAACUGGGAUUAAACAUUCCAACUUUCUCAGCAAGUUGGGAGUGACAACUUCACCUCCAACUUGA